AUGCCGCACGCGGAUUCGUCGUAUUUUUUUGGUACAACCAAGGAGGAGGUGUACACGCAGCUGCUGCAGCAAGCCAGCGGUCUUUUGGACGGCCAGCGGAACUGGGUCAGCAACCUGUCGAACAUCUCCUCCCUUCUCUGGCACGCCUAUGCAGCGCUCCCUUCUCCUUCCUCCGCUGUAAACUGGGCCGGCUUCUACAUUCGUGAUGACAAAUUUCCCGCCCUCGCCUCGCCCGUUUCUUCCCCUCCUCUCCCCGGUGCGCCAGCUAUGACCGGCGUGACUAUCUCCACUACAUACGCCUCUCCCGAAGAUCAAGUCUUGCUCCUGGGUCCCUUCCACGGCAAGCCCGCAUGCCAACAAAUUCGCUUUGGAAAGGGUGUCUGCGGGACUGCUGCGGCCAGUCAGAAGACCGUGGUCGUGCCUGAUGUACUAGAAUUCCCCGGUCACAUUGCAUGCGAUGCGGACAGUCGAAGUGAGAUUGUUGUUCCGAUUCUUGUCCAUGGAGAGACUGUGGCCAUCAUUGACAUCGACUGCACCCUGCCUUCCGGCUUCGACGAUGAGGACAAAAAGUACCUCGAACAGCUGGCCGAACUUCUGGCAGUCAGCUGCGAUUGGUGA